UCGCCAGAAAUUAUCCGACCGAAUCCGAUCACCAUGUGACAUCGGAAUUAUAACCCGCUCGACAAGAACCGACGGAUCGAUAAUGACCUGGGAUUGCGUAAUGUAUAAAUGAGAGGAAAAUAAAAAUGUAAACAACUGGGCAUGUGCAUAAAAGAGAAAAUAGAAAAUAUUCACUCUCCAUUAUAGUCGAUGGCAAAAUAUCGUGUGUAUAUUUAGAUAACAUUAGAAUUCCGUCAAGAAACAAAAACGAUGGAAAGUUCAUCGAGCUUAAACAAACAGCUUAUUGCCGCAGGAACUGACACAAUACAGUUGCUUGAAAUAGAAAGCAAUCAAUCAAUGCAACUCGAUUGUUGUGCAACUGAAUUGGCGAAAACAAUUACAAAUGAAGGUGAUGAAAAAAUAAUUGAACCUGAAAAUCAAUUCAAAAUCAAUUUAAUGCUUCAACAUAGUGUUGGACUGCAUAUUAAUGAAGUUAAAUCGAAUAAAUCGAUCACAAGUAAUAAUCGAUUCCCCGAUUUAUUUAUUCAAGAAGGAAUUGAAACCGAAUUCAUCGAAAAAGGUGUACCAAAACUCGAUGUUGAUGAUCCUACAUCAAUCAAUGAUAUUGAAUCAUUUUAUAUUUUACUAUCGCAUGAAGAAAAUCAUGAGCAUAAUGAUUUAUUAAAGCAACGUUUAAUUAAAAUUGAAAAAGAAAAAUUACCAGAUAGUGGUGGAAAAAAUAUCUUUGCGCUGUAA